AUGGAGGACGAGAUUCCUUUGCAGGAAUAUAAACCCUUCUCCGAGAUUAUUAAAGAAACCAACGCCAGAGAGCAGCAGCCACCAGUUGUCGAAGUUUCAGAUAAUAAUUCAUGGCAAUCACACUCGGGCUCAGUGGAAUAUACACCGAAGCCAUCAACGUCUAGCACAUCGGCUGAGCAAAAGCCUGUCUCCAUUGAUAACAUAGAAAAUGCUAUUUACGGCGAGUUGGUAAACCCACAAUUGGACGACUCUACACCGCCGACUGUGCGAACUGCCGCGCACGGUUUCUUCACCGAACUACUUGGCCAGCAAGAACCGGCCAAUUCUGACGAAAUCAGUGGAAAUCAGCAUGAAAACACCACUACCAAAGAUGCAAUAGAAACUCAAAACCUUCCAGCAAAUGCAGAUAAUAUGGGAUAUGCCAAUUAUAGUACAUCAAUUGACGGCACAGAGGCUGCCGAAGUAAAAGCAGCCGCUGAAAGUUAUCAAAAUGAACCCCAAAAUCAAGCCACAUACGACACAGCAAACUCUGAAUACUACCAGCAAGCGGCGGCAGCAGAACGGGCUUACGAUGGUGCAGAAGCAACAAAUGCUUACGCUGAGUAUCCAACAAACCAAACAGCCGAUUUGAAUGCCGCGCGCGGCGACGCUAACCAACAGCUUCAAGAGCAGCAGCAACAACAACAGGAGUACACGCAACAAGAUUAUGAAAAUUAUGAUGCAACGCAGUAUGGCAACUAUGAUCCCAACGCAUAUCCGGGCUACAUAUAUGAUGAAGCCACUGGUCAAUAUGUCGUCGAUCCGCAAUAUGUGGCGCCCGAAGGAAGUACUGCUGAAGGCGUUUACGCAUCGCAGGAAUAUCAGGGUGGCCAGGGUCAGGAAGUUAGUUAUGCGUAUGAAGACAAUGCCUACGCCGCUGCGGCACCAACUGCAGCGGAUGAUGGCAGCGCUAGUGCUACCCUAACUACCGCCGAAGUAGCGAAUGUGCCGCCGCCAGAACUGCAAUUAGAGCCGACGCCUGAACCAGUAGUAACUGAACCAGUUGCACCUCCAACGACCAGCGAGCCUAAAGUCUUGAAACCUACAUCGAUUCUUUCGACAGCGGAUAAGCUUGCCGCACAGAAUGAGGCGCAAAAGAAGAAGAAACGCGUAAAUUUUGUGGAUAGCAGCGAAACGGAUGACAGCUCGAGUGCUGCUAAGUUGCCAGCUGCAGGCGCUGUAGGCAAUGAAAGCGAUUUUGAUUUUUCAAGUGGCGCAGAAACUUCGGCGGGUUAA